GUCAGUCAGUAAGUAUACACAAACAUGGCGGCCAGAUGAGAGCGUAAUGUUAACUUCUGUAGGUGUAUCGUGAAAAAUAACACUUGUACUUGUCUUUGAUAAAACCGGUUAGCAAGUAAAUUAAUUGGGUACUGAAAAUGGCUGCGUGGGCUGGAUUUUCAGAGGAAGAACUACAAAGAUUGCAGCAGAGCGGCGAUCUCAUAAACCAGGCUGUACCGGUCACAUUGGGUCGUGGCCGCAGACCCGCUCCGACUAACCGGAGUAGACAGCAGCUUCAGCGGGAGAGGGCUCUGCAGCUGACAGCCAAGCAGAAGGAGGGCAGCCAGUCUCUUUCACCUGACCAACUGCUAACCAAGCCCCCAGACCCACCUGUUGUCAGUCACCCUGCUCCUGUAAAAUCACAGGACGAGUCCAAACCAGAGUCGCAGAAUGAGGCAGAACCUGUUGACCGAGAUUCACCUGUGGCGUCUGUACCACCAGCAGUCUUCAAGGAGCUGGACAGACAGGAAGUGGAAUUACGAGAAAAGAACCGUCUCCAGCAGUUGCAGUGGGAACAACGGAUAAUGGAAGAGAAGAAUAAACAAAGAAAAGCUCUUCUUACAAAGACCAUUGCUGAAAAGUCCAAACAGACACAGGCUGAAGCUGUGAAAUUGAAGAAGAUCCAGAGAGAACUUCAAGCACUGGAUGAUUCGGUGUCCAAUGACAUUGGGGUUCUCAGAAAACUGAUAGAGCAGUCCAGCAUGGAUUAUUCUCUGGCAUGGAAGCGCUUUGAGAAAGCUGAGGCCGAGUAUGUUGCCGCCAAGAUGGACUUGCACAAAAAGACGGAGGUGAAAGAGCAGCUGACGGAGCACCUGUGUGCAAUCAUCCAACAGAAUGAGCUGCGCAAGGCCCGCAAACUAGAGGAGUUGAUGCAUCAGUUAGAGCUUAAUGCGGAUGAAGUCCCCAGCCCAGAGGAAACCAAUCUAGAGGACAAAGAGAGGCAGGGCAACUCCCAGCAUGUUACUGAAAACGGUCCUGCAGCAGACAUGGAGCGGCAUAUAGACGUGGAUGACUCAAGUCUGAGCAAAGACUGUUCCAUUACAGAACCAAAGAUCAGCCAAGACAAUCAGGAGAGCAAAUCAACAGAUGUUUCUGCAGAUGGGCUAAGCUAGCUUCCAAGCAUCAUCAAUUUAAUAGUGACUGUAUGACAGUUUACAUAACACUUGCUACCAGGUUUAUAAAUUUCUUCAUUGUGAGAUUGUUGAAGAAAACCAAUAACCCUGCAUUUGUUAGUGAAAUGUUGAUGGGUUUUUUUUGUAAGAUGCCAAGACAACCUCAUUCCAUCACUACUAACACUAAAAUGCCUUUUUAUAUGGCGCUCCGAUAUUGAUUAUGAUCCGUUAAACUCAGAUGCAAUAAUAGGAGCAGUUAUGAGAUUAGUUUUUGGUUUUCAUUGAAGGUGCUACUUGAUCUUAAUGCUGCAUCAUUCCAUGUUUUUAUUGUGGUUUGUUUGAAUGUCAGUCAUUUUGCAUCUGAAUCCGUCUUACAUUAAGAAAACAGACUGAAUCUCUUGAAAACAUUGUGCAUAUUUAAAACCCUAAAUACUGAUAACUUUACUGAUUGUUCCAUAACUGACAUUAUUCAAAAUUGAAUAGUGGCAGAUGGUCUGGUAGUUUGUAGUUGUGAUUUAUUUCACAUGAUGUCGCACAAGUGAAUGGUGAGAUGUUUUAUCUGUGUGGAAGUUGUCUCGUAAAGAUUACUUUAUGUGAAUGUUAACAAAUCAAUAACAGCAGUUUUUUAUCAUACAAAGCUGACAGUGUGUUCAGCAGAGAUGAGAACAAUUUUGUACUGUAUUGAUGUAACCCUAUUGAUGUGUGGGAAGUGGAAUACCAUAGCUGUUUGUAAAUGUAUAUUUUGUAUGUAUAUUUUUAUUCUUUCUAAUAAACCUCAGAUACUCCAUGCAGAGCUAUUCACCAACUUUAAAGACAUUUAUAAGGCUGUUAUUUUUUAACUAUUCUUUUGACAGUAGCUUUUAUUUUAAAUGUUUAUUUUUAAUAUAUCUAUUUUCGUGUGCAUUAUAAUGGGUAUGGAAUAUGCUUUGAAUUCAAUAUUUUAAUUAUCCGUUGGUGAAUAAAAUAUUUUAAUAAUGGUAA